AAGAGAAAAAAAGAAAAAUUCUCGAGAAUUAUCUUCUUCGUUUCCGAGAUCGGAAGCUCUCGCCGGAAUGGCGGCGCUAUCGCUGGUGACCCCUACGUCGCCGAACUCCGUUAGGCUGUGUUUCCGUCGCCGGUGCUGGGUUCGCAGCGCUGUUAUCAUCCGGCUUCGAUCUCUGAAGCCGGAUCGGCGUCUUCGCUUGGAUUGUGCUUGUUGGGCUAGCUCCAAUUCGUCGCAGGAUUCCUUCUCCGGGUGGUCGUCAGAGAAGGGCGGAGAUGGAUCACCGAAGGAGGAGAGAUUUGGAGGGAUGGUGGGAGCUGGAUUGGCUGUCCUCUUUUUUGCUUCUGGAGUUGCAUUUGCAGCAUUAUCUUUGAGUAGCAGAAAUGCUAACAGAGUCAAACCUCAGAUGGAGUCAAUUGCAGUUGAACAGGAAGUCUUAUUGACCUCUGAUGAUGAGAAUAAAAGAAUGGAGCAGGAUGGAAACUAUCAAAGCAGGCAGUUAAUGGAAAGUGAUAACAAGAUAAAUGACCAGAAUUCUGACAUUGAGACAGGUUCAAAUCAAGAUGAUGUGCAAACUGUCCCAGAUGUUGAUAGCAUUCCUAUGCCUGCUGAUUCCAAUCCUGUUUCAUCUGAUUUAAUUGUGCAUGAUGAACACGAAAUUUCCAUCGAUGUUUCUACUAUUAAUGAUUCACAGAGCACAACAACGUCAAACUCAGUUCACGAAAACUAUGAACAUGAGGGUCCGAACAGUGUGGAUGAAUCUUCUAUUGAUUCUGAUUCUACUAUUCACAUUACUGAUAAUCAAGAGGGCAGUUCUAGUCCUGAAACUGUAAAUUAUGAUGAUCCAUUAAACUUUUCCAGUGAGCUUGAAGGCCAACUUCCUAGUGACAUUUUAUCUUCUGAUCCAAUAGUAUUAGAACAGGGUGGUCUAUCAAAUGUUGAUAUUGGCUCAGAAGAGGUAACCAGGACAGAAUCUUCUAUAGAGGACCUUGAAGCCCCUAAUUAUAUUACCACCUCAGUUUCUUUAGAAGAUGGCCUUAAUGAAACCAAACUGUCAGUGGUAACAUCUGCAUCAGAUCUCGAGCAAAAUGAAGUGUUAGAGUCCCUUGAUGAACCUGUCAUAGCAGAAGAACUUAAAAUAAAUGAGAGUGAGUCAGGGUCAGCAACAUUAGAUCCUAAUGGAAAUGAAUCUGAUGAAGGCAUGAACAAUCAAACUAAUAGGAGCUCAUUAUUUAAGUCACUACUUCCUGAGAAGUCCUUCUCUUCUGCUGGCAUACCUGCUCCAUUGGUUGUUUCUGCAGCUCUGCAGGUGUCUCCUGGAAAUGUCUUGGUUCCUGCAGUAGUUGACCAGGUUCAAGGGCAGGCCUUUGCAGCUUUGCAAGUUUUGAAGGUUAUUGAAGCCGAUGUUCAACCCGGUGAUUUAUGUACUCGUCGAGAGUACGCUCGUUGGUUGGUAACUGCAAGCAGUGCCCUAUCUAGAAACACAGCAUCAAAAGUAUACCCUGCAAUGUACAUUGAGAAUGUGACUGAACUUGCAUUUGAUGAUAUCACUCCUGAAGAUCCUGACUUUGCAUGUAUUCAAGGCUUGGCUGAAGCGGGUUUAAUUUCCAGCAAGCUAUCCAUGCCUGAUGUUCCAUCUGGUGAACAUAAUGCUCCUGUCUUAUUCUCUCCAGAAAGCCCUCUAUGUCGUCAAGAUCUUGUGAGUUGGAAGAUGGUUCUUGAAAAAAGACAACUUCUAGAAGUAGACAAGAAUUCUCUAUACAAAUGCUCUGGCUAUUUGGAUAUUGAAAAAAUAAAUCCUGAGGCUUGGCCUGCUUUGGUUGCUGACUUAUCUGGUGGAGAGCAGGGCAUCAUAGCAUUAGCUUUUGGUUAUACAAGACUUUUUCAACCUUAUAAGCCUGUUACAAAAGCUCAAGCUGCUAUUGCUCUUGCUACCGGGGAUGCUGCUGAUGUUGUAGGGGAGGAACUCACACGUAUUGAAGCAGAAUCUUUAGCUGAGACUGCUGUUAAUGCUCACACUGCUUUAGUAGCCCAAGUUGAGAAAGAUCUGAAUGCAAGCUUUGAGAAUGAACUUGCUAAGGAAAGGGAAAAGAUAGGUGCACUAGAAAGAUUAGCUGAAGAAGCAAGGCUGGAAUUGGAGAGAUUGAGAACUGAGAGAGAAGAAGAAAAUAAUGCUCUUCUCAGGGGCCGUGCUGCUGUUGAAUCAGAAAUAGAGGUUCUUUCCAAGCUAAGGCUUGAGGUCGAGGAGCAGCUACAAAACCUGAUGAGUGAUAAAGUGGGUAUAUCUUUUGAGAGGGAUAGAAUUAACAAACUUCGAGAGCAAGCAGAGAGAGAAAACCAGGUUAUUGCCCAGUUACAAUAUGAACUGGAUGUUGAGAAGAAGGCUCUUUCCAUGGCCAGGACCUGGGCCGAAGAGGAAGCUAAAAGAGCAAGAGAGAAUGCAAGAGCACUCGAGGCGGCCAGAGACCGAUGGGAGGGCCGUGGCAUCAAAGUGGUUGUCGACGAAGAUCUCCAGGAUGAUGCUUCUGCCGGCAUCACCUGGGUAUCUGCCGGAGAACAAGUACCUGACAACGAAACAACUAUCAAUCGAGCUGAGAAUUUGGUCGAAACACUGAAAGCAAUGGCUAGCGAAUUAAAACUAAGGUCAUCUGCAGUCAUUAACAACAUUUACCAGAAGAUAAAUUCUUUCAUUUCAGCUUUGAAACAGCAAGCAGUUGAUGCAUCAAAGCACGCUGCAGAGCUCCGCUCAUCGAUCAUCUUGAAGGGAAAAAAAUCGGUAAAAGAGAUACAAGAAAAAGCUUCCGAUUUUGGAGCCAAUGUUGGAUACAGGACGAAGCGAGCAUUCGAAGAUUGCAAAGAAAGUGUCGAGAAACUCCAACAGAAGUUCAAGACAUGAUCAAAGCUUCUUGCCGUAUUUUUGUUAUCGAUGAAUAUUAUUAGAGUAUUCCUAAGAUCGUCGGGAUUGUAUGGAUACUUGAAUGUGAUUCAUAAUGUGGAUUCAGACUUACAGUAUUAUCCUCAUUUGUAAUAUUUGACAAAUAAAUAAGGCAGGGAAUAUUGUUUGAGUUACAUAUAAAUUGGAUAUAUAUUUAUGUCUUGGUUAUUGAGUAA